GGAGGGUCGGGUGACAUUCGUGUAUAAAGCCAGCCGCAGAAAAAUCUCAGCAUCAUUGCCUGAUAUCUGUUGUCUCGUACUUGUUUUAAAAUAGCCUUUGGCUGUGCAAUUACUAUCUGUAGGCUCCUUACCUUUCACAUUUAAGAGAACAGAAACAGGUGGAAACAAAUGGAUGCGAUUUUGAACUGCAGACUGGAGGAAAUGGAAGAUUACUACAGCUUGUUAGGCUGUGAUGAAUUGUCCACAGUUGAACAAAUUGCUGCAGAAUUUAAGGUGAGAGCACGUGAGUGCCAUCCAGACAAGCAUCCUGCAAACCCACAAGCUGUGGAAAAUUUUCAGAAGCUGCAGCAAGCCAAAGAAAUUUUGACCAACGAAGACAGCCGAGCCCGUUACGAUUACUGGCGGAGAAGCAAAAUCACCAUCCCAUUCCAGCAGUGGGAGGCUCUGAGCAACUCCAUCAAAACAUCAAUGCACUGGGCUGUCAAAGGCAAAAAAGAGCCAAUGCUGGAAGCUCCUGAUUUACCUCUUAACAAUAAGAAGGCUGGUGAUUGUUUCCAGAAGGAAGAACACAACCAUGGAGAAUUGUUAGAUGACAAAAAGGAGCUGGAAGGUUUUGCUCCCUCUGAUGAUAUCUCACCAAAGAGCCCUGGUUCUCCUGGAUUUUCUGAUCUAAACUGUUGGCAUUUACGUUUCCGCUGGUCGGGCGAUACUCCAUCUGAACUCCUGCGCAAAUUCAGGAACUAUGAAAUAUGAAGCAGAGGACGCAAUAAUGUGUAGAUGACCAAAUAAGUGUUGAACCUCGUGUUCACCAUUUCAGUAUUUUUGUAUAUGUUUAUGCCAACAAAUAUUACUUUUCCAUUAUAUAGUUUUGUAAUCGUUGCCUUGUGAAAGAUUGCCAUAUCAAAGAUUGCUUCUGUUGUGAACUUUAGCUCUAUAUUUAUUCUUUACUAGCAUACCUAAUAUAUGGAUCGUGCCUUUUAGCAACUUUUCAUUGCAGUUCACAUUUAUCAUAUACAUGAUUUAUUCAUUGAGGCCAGAAAAGAACUUACAAAGCAGCCUGUAGACUUUUUCUCGUGCUAUAUUCCUUCCAUCAUCAUCAUCAUCAUCAUCAUCAUCAUCAUCAUCAUUAUCAUCAUCUUUAAUUACUUUAAUUACUUAUUAAUUGCCCUCCAUCCGAGAUGCUCCAGGCGAUUUACAUUGCAUUAAUUACACAGGAUAAAACACAUACAUACAAAUAUUAAAAUUAACAUGGGUCAAAUGCUCUAGUAAAAAGCCAGGUCUUAAGUGCUAGGAUAAAAUGCCCUAAGUCAUGCAUGGCUCUCAAAUAGGGAGGCAAGGAAUUCCAUAAGGCAGGGGCAGAAACAGAGAAGGCCCUGCGUCUGGUGCUUUCCAAGUGCACUUCCCUAGGACCCGGUAUAUAGAGCAGAUCGCGUUGGAAUAGUCGUGGCGACCUCCGAUGAUGGUCUUUGGCUCUUCACGUCUGUCAGCGCUUCUACACUGCCAUAUAAAAUCUUCUGCUUUGAACUGGAUUAUAUGGCAGUGUAGAUUCAUAUAAUCCAAUUCAAAGCAGAUAAUGUGGACUAUCUGCUUUGAUAAUCUGUAUUAUAUGGCAGUGUAGAAGGAGCCUUAGUCACCCAAAUACUCUUAAAUGAUAAGUUGCCAGAUAUCUCUAAUUGUGCAAAUGCUGAAAAAUUGCGGAUGAUGAUGAUGAUGAUGAUGAUAAUAAUAAAACUUUAUUUAUACCCUGCGACCAUCUCCCCAAGGGGACUAGGGACGGCUUACAUGAGGCCAAGCCUAACAACACAUCAGUAAAAACAAAACGGCAAGCAAAUAAAACAGUACAAUUAAUAUAACUUACAUAUAAACAAUAGCACACAGAAUUUAAAACCUUAUGGCCAGGCCAGAUGUAAUAAAUUAAUUUUUUAAAAAAUAAACACUGGGUGUGAACAGAAGUAGGAUGUGUCUAAGCAGGAGGGUUUUAAAGGAAAUGUAGGGAGAGCAACCCAAUGGGUAGUUUUGCAGGGAAUUGGUCAGAGCAGGGCAUUGUUUCCUUUAUUCAGGGAAGGCACACUGGAACAGCCACAUUUUCAGGCUCCUCCUAAAGACUGCCAAUGUGGGGGCAUGCCUGAUAUCCUUGGGGAGUGAGUUCCAGGGUUGGGGGGAUCACCUUAGAUAAGGCCCUCUCCCUUGUCCCCACCAAUCACGCCUGCGAAGCGGGGCGGGAGUGAGAGCUGGGCCUCUCCAGAUGAUCGAAGAGAUUGCGUGGGUUCGUACACCAAAAUGCGGCCACGCAGGCAGGCGGGUCCCAAAUCGUUCAGGGCUUUGUAGGUAAGAACCUGCACCUUGAAUUGGGACUGGAAAAUGAACGGCAGCCCAUGGAGAUCCUUAAACAGGGGGGUUGACUGCUCCCUGUAAGUUGUCCAGUUAGUAACCUGGCUGCUGCCCGUUGGAUCAAUUAAAAUUUCUGAGCCGUCUUCAAGGGCAGCCCCACGUAGAGUGCAUUACCGUAUUCCAAUCUGGAGGUGACUAAGGCGUGGACCACCAUGGCCAGAUUUUGUGUGAUAAAACCUAUAUAAAUAAAAAUGUAAUGUUCAUUUGUGGGAUUGACAUAACUCAAAAACCACUGGACUAAUUGAGACCAAAUUUGGACACAAUACACCUAUCAGGCCAACAAGUGACCAUCACUCAUAAAAAUACUGAAAAACACAGCAGAAAAGACUUAAAAAGCCCAAAAGAAAUCAUUACAAUGUAUGCACAAAACCACAUAUAUACACAAGCUCACAUAUAUACACAUAGUGAUGAGAUGCCACAUAACACCAAUCUUACUGCAGCUGCAUUGGUUACCAAUUGAGCACCAGAUCACUUUCAAAGUGAUGGUACUCACCUUUAAGGCCUUGCAUGGUCUGGGGCCAAUGUACCUGAGGGACCGUCUCACCCCCUACCAACCCCAGAGAUCCCUCCGUUCUGAGGACCAAGAUCUAUUGGAAAUUCCCAGUGUCAAGACCUUGCGUCUAACAGCAACCAGACGCAGAGCCUUUACAGCAGUGGCACCAUCACUCUGCCACCUGACGUCCGUGCCUUGCGGGACUUAUCAGCUUUUCGCAGGGCAUGUAAGACAUAUCUGUUUCGACAGGCCUUUGAUCUCUGAUAUUGCUGUUUUUAAAUUGUUUUAAAUUGUUUUUAAAUUGUGUUCGAUUUUAGCCUGUUCUUGUAAGCCGCUCUGAGCCCCAAGGGAGUGGCGGCAUAUAAGUUUGAAUAAUAAAUAAAUAAAUAUGCACAAACACCGAACUUGGAAGACAAUCUUACUUGGGCAACGAGGGAUUGCCUAAGUAAGUAAGUACACAAACAUACACACACAUACACACAUAUAUAUACACAAACACAUAUACACAGAUUGGGCCACAGCAACGCGUGGCAGGCGACGGCUAGUUCCAAAAUAAAAAAGAACACCAAAUGCAGGAAAAAAUGACAGAUUUUAUUAAAAAUGUGCCAAAUGUUUGUUUCUC